AUGGAACAGUGGUUUAUUCUGUGUGGAGCAAGGUGGCCCUUGAGUAGAUAUGCUAGCUCAGUGAUGCUGACUGGCUUCCCACACCUGACUGUGGUACUUCUAGCCAUCAGCAUGUUCUUCACUGCCUGCUUCUUUGUUUACAAGGUCACUUCCUCCAAGUACACACAUGAUAUUUACAAGGAGCUCUUCAUCUCCUUGGUCGCCUCAGUCUUCAUGAGCUUUAAAAUCCUCUUUCUCCUGCUUGUGGUUAGUAUCUACGUCUGA